CGCGUUUCCAUGAGGCUUAUAGAGUUCCUCGUUGUCAUCGUUGUCGUUGUCUCGUGACGUCCUACAACGUCCCUACUAUUUCUUAACAAUCUGUUUCUUAUAUAUUUAGCUUCAAUAAAUCGUGAUAUAUAUAUAUAUAUAUAUGUGCAUACAUAUAUACAUAUGUAUAUGUAUGCAUACGUCGUCAUAGAAAAAAUAAUCGUUAUUCUUAAUAAGAAAAGUGUUUUAUUGGAAAAAGUCGUUUGAACAAUUAUUGAAAUAUUUAAUAUUAGAAAUGUGAUAGACACACCAAAAGGUGGAUCGAUCGCAUCCUUCGUGAAAAAGGGACUGAGAAAUCUUUUCAGGAUGACAAGUGCAAGCUAACGCGAAUGCAUAGAUAUUUUCAAGAAUAUCGUCAAACUCAGCAUCGUAGGAAGUUUCAAUGCGCGGCAAAAAAGGAAAAAAAAGAUAUACGAGUGUUUAGAAAGUGAAACGUUUUCUUCUCAUAUCCAAGUGAAUUUUCUAAAACAUUUUGUAUAACUGAUUUCUCCCGAAUAAAACUAUAUAAAAUACGAAACUUUUGUUGCUACGAAACGAUUGUCAAACUUUUAAGUGUUUCUCUGUGUGUCUCUCUUUUUCUCUCUCUGUGUGUGUGUGUGUGUCUAAAUUAAAGAAAAAAAAAAUUGGACUUUAUCGAUGUUUGUACGGACACUUUGCCAACAAUAUGGUUUAACGAGACCACCGCCUAAAUCGUUCGACCAAUCAUAAUCGUUCGUUCACGUAGGAGGGACACGUAUCGUUCAAAAAUAGUAAAACUACAAGCUGGACUACAAUACAAGAGCAAUUGAUUUUUAUAAUCGUUUAGGAACUUUUGGACCUACCCUGUAUAUUGUAAUUCUCUAAUUACAUGCAGUUAAAGAGAUCAGUCAACAAUAGUAUCGAUUGACAGAAGAAUGAAUUGGACGAACAGGAUGGCGCGUCACGGUAGCGAGAGAUCCCUUCAUACUUUACAUUCCAUGCAUCCUGUUCGUACUUCGAUUAUCCACAAUAAUAACAACAACAACAAUAACAAUAACAACAACAAUGAUUCAACAACAAUGAAUCAUUCAAGAAAUAUGGUCAGCCCGAGCAAAGCUAUUUGCAGUAGUCCAGAAAUCGACGCUUUACUCGAUGAUUCUAUCGAUGGUGUUUCAAUAUUAUCAAGUACUAUGAAUUCAUCGAGUAAUACCACCAUAGUUCCUGGUUCCUCUCCGUUAGCUUUGGACUCUCGUAUACCCAGACCAUCACCUAAUAACGUUCUGCGCCGUUCCUCGAGCAUGCGCAUCCGUGGUGAACGGCUUCCAGCACAUCAUUCUCGACCCACUACUACUACCACCACCUCGGCUCUUCUUGGCCAACAUCACCAACACCACUACCGUCGUCACAACCAUCUUUUGCUACAGCAGCAGCAGCAGCAGCAGCAGCAAUAUCCUGAUCAUCGUAUUUUUCCGGUCAUCACGGAGAAUGGAACCGACUCGCCAAGACAACGAUCUCUUAGCCUCUCACUGACACCAGCUAGGCCGCGAACAGGACACGCGGCCUCAGGGACAACACCAGGAGCAGAUGACAGUGAUGCAGAGAGCGUGAGAAGUUACGGAAGUGCAUGCAGCACCGCAAGUGCCUGCGAUCAUGCUUCCUUUGCUUUGAACGGUACUACUUGGUCCGGUCGAUCACGAAAGUACGUUGUCCAUUGUUCUAAUCAUACUGGGGACAAUGAACAAUAUCUUACACCGACGCAAAGGGCCGCCAGACAAAUUAGGAAAUUUCAGGCCCUUUUGAAAGAAGCAAGAAUAGAGAUCGAAGAAAAGAAUCGAGAGAUCAUUCGAUUAACUAAAGAGGUCGUUGAAUUGCGAUUGUAUAAAGCAUCAUUGAAUAGUCCGGAUGAAAGAACUGACAGUAGCGAUGCACUUACUGUACGUGAAAACAAUCCUUUUUCACCGGAAUCACCAUGCAAAGAUCUUUUAGACGACGGUAGUUUCGAGAAGGUCGCUAGUCCAGAAACUUCGGAUAAACGUGCCCAAUCGGAUGUACCAUCCUCUUUGGCAGAUUCAGGACAUUUUGAAGACGGCUCCGUCCACUCGAAAGAUUCUGUGUGCCUACCGGAAACGGUACCCGAACCUUCUGGUAAUAAUCCUCCAUCCAACUUAAGACAAGAUGAACCUAAAGACGAUAGUAGAUCAGUCUCUGUUGUGGAUAGUAAUAGUCCUGAAAGAGAUGAAGAAAGACGUCGAUUGGUUAAUCAUUAUGAAAGCAGAAUCGAAGAAAUGCACCGAAGACAUAUCGAUGAAAUGCAGGAAUUGAAAAUGAAGCACAAUGAUAAGGUAGAGAGCUUGUUAAAUCAACUAUCUGAUAUUAAUACUCGCUAUUGCGAGGUAAGGCCGUCCGUUGAUGCUGCGGAAGCUCGUAUUGGAGAAUUGAAAGAGGAAUUGGAGGCUGUGAAAAAUGAACUGGAUAAGAAGGAAGCUUUAAUUAAAGAGCAAGAAGAGAAGGAUAAACAAAUGUACCUGAAAGUGCAUGCGAAUGAACAAGAAGCUGCACGCACUGAAAAAACUGAUCAGAUACCUGAAAAUGCACAGCAGAAAUCAUCUUUGGAAGUUAAUGCCACCGAUUUACUACAAGAAUUAACAGUUACAAAAGCAGAAUUAGAAAAAAUUAAGGAUACAAGCUACUCGCCUGAACCUCACAUUUCAGCCGAUCGUAGCCAAAAUUUAUUAAGCGCUCAGGAGGCUGUUUCUCUCUGGGUCCUUGGCACACGUAAGGCAAUGUAUCGGAGUAUUGUGGAGGCAAAAUACAAGAAGGAUGAAUUGGAUCUUGCAAUCACCUUGCAGUUUUUAAAAUCAGCAUUUUAUUACUUCCUGACUGAUAAAGAAAAUCAUCGUGGACAUCUGAAUGCUAUCGAAAGUAUCUUGGGUUUUACCGAAGCUGAGAAACACAACAUUGAUAAGAUUUAUGGAUCUGCUAGAAAAUAACUUAAACAACUUUAUAAAAAGCGAUGUAUAUGAUUGUUAGAGACAUACGGUGAAACGUGUUCUCCAUUUAUUACUUUUCUUGAUAUAAUAUUUAUAAUUUUAUAUACACAUUGAUAUAAAAAGACUAAAUAUGUAUUUCUCUCAAUGUUUAAAAAGAAACAUUAUUUUCUAUUUACAUACGUUUGCAUUGAAAAAGUAUAUAUAUUGAUCAUACUUAUAUUUUCAAUAAUUUCUUUUGUAAUGGAUAAAAUGAACACUGUAUGUCAUAUACUUUUAUCAUACUGCUGCUGGUUAGCAGACAAUUUUAAUGAUUUUAAACAUUUUUAAUAAUAAUAAUAUGCAUUUCAAUUUUUGUUAUGCAAUGAGAAAAAUUUUGAAAUUGUAAAUGUAUAUGCAUAUGAUACAAAUUUAAUAGUCUUCAUAUUAUACGGUAGAGUUCUAUGUAUAUUGAUUUCCAUCAAUGGAUAUGUAUUUCAUAAAGAAUAUAUGACAUAAGUUAUUAAUUAAUAUAGAAACUUCAAUAGAAUUUUCCUUAUGUUCUAAUUAAAACUACAUCGACUAUAUUUUUAGAUACAAAUUUCUAAUUAAUAUUUAAUUAUUAUUUAUCGCGAUAUGAUCAUUAAUAUAAUAUACUGGACUCUAAGGCCUAUUUAUAUAACUGUUUGAAAAAAAAAAAAAAGGAUGACAGAUUAUUUUUCAUAUUAAUAUUUGAAAUACAUAUCCACAUUGUAUAUUCAUACAAAUAUUAGAAUAUAAAAAUAACUACAUAUAUUAUAAAGCCACAAAAUAUUUCUAUUGGGGUAUAGAAUGUUUUACAUUCGUAUAGAAUUAAAAUGUGUUAGAAAUUAAUUAGAUUGAUAAAUAAAAUAACUUAAAGUCUUAUUAAAAUCAAAGAAAAAUCUAAAUUAUAGUUAUACUUAAAUUUGGUGGCACAUUUCACAUUGAAGUAAUAAGGAGACUGAGAAGAUUGCCUUUUUAUCUGCUUAUCUGCUUGAUCUUGCCUUUAAUCUGUUUAUUAUCUAGUAUUAUAGAAAAAUUCACAGUGAAAGUGUUAUUAAGAAAAUAUAUUAUAAAAAUUAAGAAAAAAAAUAUAAGCAUAUUACCUAUAUAUAAAAUAUAGUAAUAUAUAUAUAUAUUACAUGUACUUCCUGGAUAGAAUUUUUUGCACCAAUAACUUAUUUUAAUGUAUUCUUUACUGCCAAUAUUUUAUUACUGAACACUUCCAUCGGUAACAGUAUUCCACUGUAAUAUACUGACUUACUUUUAAAUUAUUUAUAAUAUUACAAGUAUAUAAAUUGGUGGAAUAUUCCUGAAUAAACUUAAUAAAGAAUGAUAUGGAUAUAAUCAUUAAUAAUAAAAAGGGAUUACAUUCAUAUUGUGCAAUAAUUUAUAAAGAAAACCAAAGAUAUUUAGCAGAGCAGCCUAUUUAUCUGAUUGUAUCACAAUUUGAUAACUUCAUAUUUUCAUUUAACUAUUUAAAUUAAAAUAUCUUGUUAAGAUAACCAAGGUGAGCUCUGAACAUAAAAUUGGCAUUAAAUUAAAAUUAAAACUUUUUCCUAUUGCAAAUAAAUUUUCAAUUUAUAAAAUUAUAUGUUCCUAUGGUGCCAAUGCUGUGAAAAUUAAUUAACCAAACAAAAUAUUUUAAUCAAAGCAAUGCUGUUUUUAUAUAUAACCUUAAAUGGAAGAUUAAGUAAUUAAAUUAUUAUUAAUAUAUAAUGUAAUUCGAUUUAUUUUGACAUGCACAUAAUAUAAGCUAAUGUAAUCAAUUAUAAAUUUGAAGUAAUCUUUUAUAGAAAUAAAAUAGUUACUACAAAAGAAGGAAAGUAAUCAUAUCUAUAGAUAAAUAAAAUAUAAGAAAUAUUCCCUUUGCAUUCACAUAUAGUUUCUUCACUCGUCAUUAAUAUACAUUAAUACUUGUUCAGAGCUCUGAUAUGAAUAUGUGGAAAUGAAUGUAUAGUAUGUAAAUAAUUCUAUAAUAAAGAUAUGAAUAAAAUCUAAA